AUGGGCGUCGCACGCACAAAGCCCAAGGCAACUGGAACCAUUGGCUAUUCCACAGAGGGAAGGGAUGCCAACUACGCGGGCCUCUGCAGCUUCUCUUGCAACUACGGUCACUGUCCAUCCAAACUAUGCGAUACGACGGAACAUCCCAUGCCGGUUCCAACAGUUUCAGACUUCCUGCCACCUGCUUGUGUCGCUGGUACUGCAGAUGGGGAUGCCACUGGGCUAUGCUCAUAUGCUUGUGGCUACGGUUACUGCCCCAUCAAUAUAUGCACCUGCACCAAAACAGGAGCUCUUGUCCAGCCACCGGCUCAGACCAAAACCUGA